GACUGCUAAGCGCCAAUGUUGUGUUUAUAAAUUUGAAGUAUUAGGUAUCACAUUGAGGUAUAAACAAGAAUGGUAGUUUAAAAUGAUAUUUUAGGACAAACAAUGCUUCAUUAUUUUUUAUGUCAGUCUUUGGUUAUGACAUAAAUGGCUGCUUCAAUAAGCAUAAGAAAUAUGCCUGACCAUAUAUGGUCACAAUUAGAUGCAUCUGGUAAGCAAUCAAAACAGAAAGGGCUUAGUCCAGGUUAUGAUGCAUUACAGUUUCCCAAAACGAAAGUUAUUUUAUGGGAUCCAACACCAACUGGUUCACCAGUUUACCUCAAUGUGGCUUGCUAUAGAAAGCCUAGAGUGCAUUUAUCAGAUAAAUUAUUACGAUUGUUACAUCGUCAGUGUGAAAAUCAUCCUCAACAAUGUCUAUCUACGAUGUUAUUAGGAUCACUUGUAGUCGAUGAUGAUGGUGAAGGAAUAACAUUCCAGAUGGAUCGUUUAGAUACAAGACAAGAUAUAGAUAGUAGUUUAAACUUAGCACCAGAAGAUGUCACCAUACCAUUUCAAGUUUAUAUUAAUGGAAGUAAAGAGAGAAAUAGUAAUGUAGAUGAAUAUAAUAAAUUAUUAAAGUCACUAAAAUCAAGAUGUAAGAGUAAAGAGAGUGUAGAUUUAGGAGGAUUUCUACUCAUUCAAGGCUGGUGUAACUUCUAUUCUGGUGGUGAAAACUGUGUUGUCCAUAUUGAUUUCAAUAUGGUUACCAUAACAACAGAAUUAAAAGCUAUACCUAUUUUACCUGUACCAAUUGUCCCUACUGCCUUAUCUAAAAAUCUUGCUGGUCCACUGAGUUUUAGCCACAUACAAGGCUAUCCUAAAACAGGCUAUUUAACAAUGGAUCAUACCAGGAAGUUAUUACUUGUUUUAGAAUCAGACCCAAAAGCAUUGAGUUUACCUAUAGUUGGAAUUUGGAUUUCUGGAGCUCCUGUGAUACACCAUCCAUUUGUUUGGGCAGCAUGUUUACGAUAUCUUCAUAAUGAACAUAUCCAAGACAGAGUUUGUUGUUCACCUGAUAAUUUUCUAGUUGUACUAUAUAGUCCUCUACAUUCUAAACCGGAAUUCUAUGAAUGUGGUUGUAGAACGGGCAAUAGUGAAUUAGAUUUUGAUUUACAUACAGGAUAUGAGGCAUCUAAUAUUACCAAGAAUUCAAGAAAUAGUGGUAUCAUACCUAUAGAAUUAAAUAAUGUUAAAGUAGGACCAAAAAGAGAAGUUUUUGAUGCUGCUUUGAAUGUGUUUAAUAGAAAUAGAAAUAGUAAUAAAGAUAGUAAUAUUGAUAGUAAGUCAAAUGGACCUGAUGAUACGGUACCAAGACUAACACCAGCUCCACUAGUUUCUAUGGCUCCAAUGAUCCAGAAUUUAGUUCCAGAUGUAUCAUUUGUUCUGAAUGAACCGUCAAGAUGCCGUCCACCAACAACUAUGGGAAAUACUCAACAUGCACCUUAUACUAGAUCUAACUCUGGCUCCAAUUUACAAUCUUCUCUACCUCAAAUACCAUCUCAUAAUAAUAUCAGCCUGCCUUCUAACAGGAGUAACAGCUCACCCAAUAUAUUUGAAGGUAGCUUAGUCAGAAAUAGCCGACCAAUUGUGCCAAAGGGUAGCAGAAAUCCAGAAACCCAAAAUUGCCGAAUUGUUAGAAAUGGACAACAAUAUCAGCCUAAUGUUUCAAAUGUUCAGUAUCAUGGAAGUUCACAACCAUGCAGACCAAGCAAUUUUCAAACUAAACAACAAAUUCCUGAAACUUGCCAGUCAUUACCCUGUAAUCCAGCUGCCUAUGCUCAACAAUAUGUGAAUAAUUCUGUGCCUAGAGGACAAGUGCCUUCUCAAACUUCUUUGCCAAACUCUCCUUUUAAUCACAAUAGUGCUUAUCAACAAACAAUGCCAACAAAUUAUUAUGAAAACAGUGUGCCUUCAGUUCAAACUCAAAACCAAAUGAAUUAUCAACAAAUUCCUUUCAAGAACUAUGGUCAUCACCAUAUGAAUCCUACUCUGGAAUAUAAACCAUUUGACCCACAAAGUCAAAAUAGUGCUGCUAAUCCUUCAGCUUACCCUACCUUCCAGACUAUUUCUCGUAUGACUCCUCAGAAUGUGCCUCAACAGAACUUUCAUAGUGUUCCUCAGGUUUCCUAUCCUCAACACAUCCCUUUAAAAUCUCAUGAACAAAAUUAUGUGCCACAAGUGUUAGAAAACUCUCAUUCUCAAAAUGCACCGCCAGGAGACAGUACAUGUAGUGGAAAAUCCAGUGAUGACAGUGGACUAAGUGUAACACCAGAUCGAUCUAACCCAUCUCCUAAAACAGGCAGUCCUGAAAACAAAACUCAGAAGUAUUCCAAAGAAUUGACAUUGGAUUCAUUAAAUAAGGAGCAGUGUUCACCAGAAGUCUAUAAUUUGUUGAUGCAGCAAGAUGCUCAGUUAAAACAACUUCAAUCCCAAAUUACCUUAUUGCUCCAAAACCAGCAGAUGACACUAACACCUAAAUCGAAAACAACAACAGAUUGUGAACAUUCACACAAUAAUUUAGAAACUCGUUCCGAUACUUGUUCUGUUGCCAUCAAUACAACAUUAUUUUACCCUGAUCCUCCAGAUAAUGUGCCACAAAAUAGAUUUUUAAAUAUAAAAAAGGCCAAAGAAAUCGUUCCAGAGAAUAUUCCGAUACCUUCAAGUGAUUCAUCAGAAACAAGCAGUACUGGACAAACACCUGUAGAGAUACGUCAUAAGGGAGUGUUGCCAUUAAACAUUACCCAUAGAGAAGAUGUAGAGUCUAUAGGAGAUGAUCUAUGUACAGUGAUUAAUAAUCUAGGUAUACAAGAUCAGACUACAUCCAGUAGUCAAUCUGAAAGUAUUAUUGAAUGUCCAAGUUUUCAGUCUUCUUCUCCAAGAUCUAACUAUGAUAGUAAAAGUAGCACUGUAAGCCCACCAAGUGCCAGUAUGUGCAUAACUCAGGAUUCUGAUAAUAGUGGAGAUUAUUCUGGAACAGAAGGAAAUUCUGAAAAUCCUUUAUAUUAUGAAAAUCUAAUAGCCAAUAUUCGUCAGUUUUUAGACAGUCAUGAUGAAAGUGGUGAGAGAACUGAUGAACAGGAAACACUAAAUAAUCAUACCUCAACCUCUUCAGAUCAGUUAUCAUUACAUAAAUCACAACAGUUGCACUCACUCCUAAAAUCUGCUCAAAGUGGUAAUUGCGUUGAUACAACAUUAAUACCAAAAAUAAGUUAUAUGUCCAUGAUGUUUGAUUCAGAUUCAGACACCUCAGUUGAAAUCAAUGCAAUGGCCAUGAAAUAUUUGAAAGAUGAACAAUUGACGCAAAUGAUGAAAUUACAAAACCGUGUCUCAGGAAAACCCAGUAAAACUGGACAGAAAAAGACUUUAUUGAGACAGUUGUUAAAUUCGGAUCAUACUGAUUCUCCAGAUUUAUCUCAGAAUGGCCUGAACGAUAUGACGUUUGCUACUAGAAAGUAUAUGGAGAAACAUGGAUUAUUAAAUAGUGAUAUUGACAGUAUUGACAAAACAUUAGAUUUCAAUUAUCAGUUAAAAACAGAUUAUAGUUUAUCAUCUACAGAAAUGGCAUCACCUGUUGCCCAAACAAGGAAAUCUGCCAGCAGUAGAAAUAACAAUACAGCUGAUGCUUAUGCUAAGUUGCGUCUGCUCAAAAGUCCUGUUAAAAAGGAAAUUGUUAAAAAAGAUGAUAUAAACAGUCAAGAAUAUACUCCUAAAGCUUAUCAAAGAUUUGAUUAUGGUGGUGUUCAAACUUCUUCUAAUGAACAAUGUUUACAGUAUUCUCCUGAUAACUAUCCUGUGUUUGGGAGAACUCAAACUCGUGAGAAUUAUGGAGAACAUAGAUCUGUAGAGUACAGUAGUGUUAGUGAAGAAAAUGAUAAUAUUUUAGACAUAGUAAAACUAAAACAACUACCUAAAUUAUUAUAGUGAUACCUUUCUCUAGUCUUUAUCUUAGUAUUUAUUUUUCAUUAGUUUUCUUCGGGUAGAAAUUAAAACCACAGAACAUGUAUGGUCUUUCACAGCAGAAUUAUAUGCCACAACAAUCACCUUCAUUGUGGGUCUAUACUAAUAGAGAUGUGUUCUAUAAAUAUUCUGUGGGUAGUUAAUUGCAUAUCUUUUUGCCAUCAAUUGAUGUUACCAUACUAAAUAUUUCAAUGUAUUUAUAUCUACUUAAUUGUAAUGUUCAAAUUUACUGAAUAUUUGUAGUUAUUUUUAUUAAAUUAUUUAUUUACAUU